CAAUCAGUUGGUCAGCGCCUCAGCGCGUUCGUUUCGUCUCCAUCCAACUGAGUCUCCCUCCCGUUCGAGGCCGUCGUUGUGUGUAGUCCGUCGUAGUCCGUGUGUUUUUAUUUGAUUUGAUUUACUUUGCGUGUUUUUUGUGCAAAUUAAGGGAAAUAUCCCCAAGAUGAAGUCAACAUUCGAGUUGCUGGGCAUUUUUGCUACCUGUCUCCUGGGACUCAGCAACGUUCUAGUGGAAGCCCAAGCAAGCUGUAGAAAUCCCAAUCAGCGGCAAGGCCAAUGCCUAUCGAUCUAUGACUGUCCCAGUCUGUUGGGUCUCGUCCAGGAGAGUUCUCUGAGCAGCGAUGAUCGGGCUUUUCUGCAAAACUCCCAGUGCUACAAUGGCGUUGGUCGUCAGCCACAUGUCUGUUGCACCAAUGACAGGGGCUUUGGUGCGGCAGAUACAACCACUCAGCGAUCGGUGGUUCUGAGCAGUAGACCCACGCAGAACAGUGGCCAACAGGGAUCAAGUAAUGGCAAUCUACUGCCAGUGCCACCCAAAUGUGGUCCUCAUUCCUUCAGCGAUAAGGUAUACAAUGGCAAUGAUACGGCUUUGGAUGAGUUCACCUGGAUGGCGCUCUUGGAGUAUGUGGAUCGGAAAGGCCAACGACAGCUAAGUUGUGGUGGAAGUCUGAUCAACAAUCGCUAUGUUCUGACGGCUGCACAUUGUGUCAUCGGAGAUGUGGCAGCACAAGUGGGACAAUUAACCACAGUACGCCUGGGAGAAUACGACACAAGCAAGGAUAUUGACUGUAUAGCUGGUGAUUGCAAUCCCCCAUUUAUAGAGCGCUCCAUUGAGCAGACUAUUGUCCAUCCGGAAUACGAUGCCACGAGUCGUCAUCGCUACCAUGACAUUGCCCUGCUACGUCUGGCACAACCGGUAACACUGAACGAAUACAUUCAGCCCGUGUGCCUGCCUCUGUCCAGAACACGACAGGCGAUCAAUGUGGGUGAUCAGCUGGUGGUCAGCGGUUGGGGAAGAACAACCACAGCACGCAAGAGCAACAUCAAGCAGAGACUCUCCCUGCCCGUUAACGAUCACGAGGCCUGUGUCCGUAAGUUUGCCACGCGACAGAUCAAUCUGAUCGGCGCUCAGCUCUGCGCGGGCGGUGAGUUCUAUCGGGACAGUUGUGAUGGCGACUCUGGGGGUCCGCUAAUGCGAAGGGGCUUGGAUGCCUGGUUCCAGGAGGGCGUGGUCUCCUUUGGCAAUCGCUGUGGUCUCGAGGGUUGGCCGGGCGUUUACACCGCUGUGGGAGAUUACAUGGACUGGAUCGAGAGCACGCUGCAGCCCUGAGAUGAAUACGUUGCGAGGACUGCGUAUCUUUUGUUCAAAUUAAGUUUUAAUUAAAGUCAAGUCGAGUCGA